UAAUGAUUUAUACACAUUGUAAUCUCUCGUUUUAUGCAUUGUUACUCAUUAGAACUACAAUACUAUUGCUCAUAAUAUUUACCACUCAUCGAUUAGUUGUACGUGACUCGUAUUGUGAAAACAAAGUACUUUGAAACAAGGAACCGUUCACGGGUCCGGAUCGAUAGAUUUUACCAGAACUAAAACUAUGUAUCAGAAACCGUCUAGUCCUUUAUACGCCAAUGUGUCCGAUACAAAAUACAAAAACCAAAAAUUGACAGCUCAAAAUGAACCUACUUAUUACAAUACAGUCAUAAACAAAAAAGCACAGCCUUCGAAAGCUAUUUACAGCAAUGUGAAUUAUGCACCGAAAUCCAGCAACAUAUAUUCCAACAUCAGUGAAACAGGCAAAUCUACUUAUAAAAAUACUCAAUACCCAUUGUAUGAUAAUUUGAAACACUUAGGUAAAGAUAACUUACACUGCCCUCCAUCACCAGUAAGUUCUAGCUACUCUGAACUUCAAAAGGCCGUUAGUUUUGAAGAUGAUGCAAAAGACUUUGAUAACUCUUCCUCGCAGGCAUCAAAAAUGUAUGAAUCCAUCUAUGAGCCUAUAAAUGCUGUUCGUCCACCUAGUGAAUUAUCAUCUACAUAUUCCAUGAACAGUCUCUCACAAUCUGUUUCUGCUCAUGAACAUGAAACUGAAGUUGAUUCUUUAACCGAUCUCCUAGUUAAUUCAAUGUCUGUAAAUGAUGGAAAAAAAAGCUUAGACAAUAAUGCAAGUUGUGUAGAUUGGAACUGUACUAAAUGCAAUGAAAAAGUUAUGGAAGAAGGUCUUGGGUGCACAGCAAUGAAUAAUAUUUAUCAUAUCAAAUGUUUUACUUGUACUCAUUGUGGAGAUCAGUUGGAAGGAAAGCCAUUUUAUCACAUUGAUAAUAAACCAUAUUGUGAGGAAGGUUAUUUGGAUACAUUGGAAAAAUGCUCAGUUUGUCAAAUACCAAUUUUAGAUAGAAUCCUAAGAGCCACAGGACGUCCAUAUCAUCCACACUGUUUUCGAUGUAUUGUUUGUUCUACAUUAUUGGAUGGUAUACCCUUCACUAUUGAUGCAGCUAAUCAAAUUUAUUGUAUUGAUGAUUUUCACAAAAAAUUUGCUCCGAAGUGCAGUGUAUGUCAAUUUCCCAUAAUGCCAGAAGCUGGUCAAGAUGAAACAGUAAGAUUUGUUGCGUUGGACCGAAGCUUUCAUGUGCAAUGCUACAGAUGUGAAGAUUGUGAUACUUUGUUAGGAUCAGAAGCUGAAGGUAGAGGAUGUUAUCCACUAGAUGACCAUGUGUUGUGCAAAAGUUGUAAUGCUAAGAGAGUUCAAGCUUUAACAUCAACCAUGAUUACUGAACUUUAAUAUUUACCUCGGAACUUGUUAAAAUGUCAGUUGUUGUAUUUUAUCUUUUUAACUUACAUUGAUUCUUACAGCAAAUACUUUUAUGAUUUUUAAAAUUAUUGUUAUUAUAAAUAUAAGUGCAUACAUAGUUUGAGAUAUUUCAAUGCUAGAAAUUUUGCAUUUUACAGAAAUAGAAGACAUUGAUUCAUAAAAUUAAAAUAGAUGUCUGGAAUUUAUUCUGAAGUCAAAUAUUAGCGU